GGGACAACAUAGUGACUUACGUACUAUUUCUUAACCUUUCGUGUUAGGUUUUCUUGUGCCACCUAUUUUCGAGGUUAUCAAACAUCAACUAUGGACGAGUUUCAGAUAGUGAAAUCACGAAAAACAAAUAAAAAGAAGACGGUUGUUGCUAAUGUAGAGCGAAUUCUGAAAACAGUUUAUGAUAUUCGAUGGGAACUUAAGUCUACAAGUAUUUUCACAGAGCUGAAUGAGUGCUUAUUGCCAUAUUUAGAAGCCAGUUGUGGGUCUGGCAGACAUGUUGACAUGGUGUGUUACGGCCUGGGUAGCUUUGUGGAGGCUCACAUUGCUCGCUACCAGCUGGCCUUGAUGACGGCUCUCAGAGAUAAGUUUCAGAGCAAAGUGCCAUUCAGGAAUUGUGAAGUGUAUGAUCCGAUAUUUAUCACUGAAGAACGCACCCUGCUUCAAGAGCUUGGCUUCACUGUUCUGAUGACAAAUGAGGAGGGUAAGAGAAUGUGUAGGCCUGACGCGAUGACAGUUUUCUACCUGCCUCAUUGUGGUAAGGCCCUAUACAACAACUUGCUGUGGGCCAACUGGGGCCCGGGCCUGCAGCACAUCAUUGUCAUAGGCAACAGCUUCACAGCCAUGACAGAGAGGACUCCAUUUCGUAUUCUACAAUCAACUGCCAAAUAUGUAGCCAAUAUACAGCCAUACACAAAGGAGCAACCCCUGACCAUACCUGACCAGUUCUCUGAUGUAUUCAAUGACACAAGUGUUCAUUCUUUCCCCACCAACUUACUUGACACUGUGCGAGAUGCAUUAUGGGAUGACAAUGCUGAACCGGUCUACACAGAACAAGAUGCAGAAAUUAUUUUUAAAGCACAAUAGUACAUGAUAUCACAUUUCAAUGAAAUAAAGGUCCAAACUUGA